AAAAAUGUUAAAAUGCACAAAAUUUCAAUUGCAGCAGCCAAGAAAUGGGAUGUUUUUAUCUUGUCCAUUCAGACUUCAUUGUGCGUCAUCAUCUCCUAAUGGUCUCAAGGAAGCGUUGAAAUCCAAUUUGCCUAAGGAGGAGUAUGUGUCCAGAUUUCUUAAGAGGAAAUGGACAUUGAGAAGUCCAGAUACCAAAAUUAACCAAAUAAUGAUAUCAAAAGAUGGUCUCCAACAGGGAGGUGAAAAUCUUGGGAAGCUUUCCUUUCUGAAUAAUCCACAACCAGUGAUGGGUGAUCAAGUUAUGAGAAACAACCGACAGGAACCUUCAUUUUAUGUUGUAAGAGAUGAUUUGUUACAUCCUUUGGUGAAUGGUAAUAAGGCGAGGAAGCUGGAUGCUCUACUCCCUCUCUUGGAAGAUAGUUCCGUCACAGAUGUUGUCACAUGUGGAGGUUGUCAAAGUGCGCAUGCUGCAGCUGUUGCUGUAUCAUGUGCUGAAAGGGGAUUGAAGUCACAUUUACUUCUCCGAGGAGAACAGCCAGCAACUCUGACGGGUUACAAUCUAAUUUCAACAUUAUAUGGAAAUGUUAGUUAUGUUCCGAGAUCUCUGUAUGCUAGGAGGGAGGAGAUGCUCUUAAAGCAUGCACAUCUUGUUGCAGGAAAUGGUGGCUUAGUUUUCUCACUUGCUGAUUUAGAGGCUUCUUUAUUCACUCAUGAAUGCGGUGAACACUCUUCACACGUGGAUGCUCUUACAAAAAGGAGUAAGAAGGUAGCUAUUAUUAAUGAAGGGGCUGGAGAUGCUGCUGCAUUGCUAGGUGUUGUGCGCCUCGUUGAGUUCUUGUCUCAGGACCAUCUCUUUGGGAAAGAUCAACAGUUAAAAAUUAUUAUAGAUUCUGGAACAGGAACAACUGCUGUUGGUUUUGGAAUUGGAGCAGUGUGCUUAGGGCUGCCAUGGGAGGUCACUGCAAUUAUGCUUGCUGACACAGUUGAUGGAUACCAGAAAAGGGAGGAAAGUUUAAUUUCUGAAUUCCGUAGAUGCUUUACUCUUCAUUUCGGCAAGCAAGUGCUGACUGGAUUGGAACCUGGACUUGUGCACUGGGUCGAACGCAGUUCUCCUAGAAAAUUUGGCAAUAUACUGAAGGGGGAAGUUGAAACAUGUCAAAAGAUUGCUCGAGAGACUGGUAUUCUUAUCGAUCCGGUUUACACUUUGGCUGCUUGGGAAAUGGCAACUCAACUUGGUCAGGAGGAAUAUGCAAAAGUGGUAAUGCUUCAUACAGGAGGUACACUUGGUAUGUUUGGGUUGGCUCAGCGUUACAAAUCUUACUUCGAAAUGUUGAAAGAUGAAUACUGCAGCUAAUGUUAGUGACUUUUAACUUAUCAGUAACCAUUACCAUUAUUAAAUUGUCUGCCAGCCCUCUCCUGUUACGCAGCUCUUUUAUGGCAAAUUUCAUGGGCCGAUCAUGUGCAUUACUGGAUUCAACUUGCUUAGACUCAAAUAUAGAUGCAGCUCUCAAAUUGGGCAUGAGGGUGUUUGGGUCA